GGCUCCUGGUACUGAACUCUCAAUUCUCUCUGGUCGAUCUAGGGUGUCUCGUCCACACACUAUCGAACCCCAUUCUAGGUCGUCCCCCUGGUGUGGGACUGCGACCCUCAAAAAGAUCCAGCUGCAACCUUAUCCCUAUCUGAUUUCCUCGAACGACAAGUCGCAUUGUUCGUCAGCCACACCCGAUACCUGUUCCCGCCAAACCAGAGGGGAAGAAAAUAAAAGGAAGGGGGGGAAAAGAGCAGUGUGUUCUUCUUGUCCUUAUCAUCCCAAACCGCACCGACCAGUCUUCUGCAGGAUAUCUGGUACAAAGCUCCGCUUUGAAGAAAAAGCCCGCCAUGGAGAAUGGUAGCCAGGGCCAGUCCUCGCAAGGUCGAACGCAGCAAGGUCGAAACGCAGUCAGCCGAUUUCCGAGCUGGAUGAAUAGCAGUGGGAUCCAGGGCGCCGGCGGAAAUAUAUGGCUGAACAACCAUCUGACCGAUAACCUUUCCUCGAGGGAAUCAAGCAGCGCAACAGCCUCAACUCAGAGAGCGCAGGGCAUCGGCGCUACCGACAGCAGUCCUUGGUCGAGGCCCACAGCGAGCACGUGGAACUCUACAGACAGCCAGUCUUUUCGGCCAAGCGCAUCACGAAGCACAUCUCCUAAGAACACCCUCCAGAACGCCUCGAAUACCUCUCCCUCCUUCAACCCGAAUCGUGCCGCUACCACACAGAAUCCGACUUUCGCCAACUCCGGUCUCGUAUCCUCCUUCGCUCCCGCAAACUACUCGAGUUAUACCGACAACGCCCAGGUGGACAGUGGGAAUGCUUUUCAGCAGAGCUACAUGGGGUUUCAACGGACACUGUCCUCUACCUUUGACGAUGUCUUACCCCCCUCUCGGCACUCUGAGAGCGAGGCGCCUCUGCAAUUCGGGACCGAGACACCUGGAUUCCUUGGCUCCCACUCCCGCCACCCAUCCCGACUAUCGCUGAGCGCGGCAUCGACCUCGUUCGCACAGCAGCCGCAAGCUUCUCGGUCUCAGAGUCACAGUCUGAACCCAGGAAGCGAGCAAGCACAGGCAGCCCUCGAAAGCGUUAGAGCCGGUCUGCUUAGGGACCGCAUCCAGGCGAGCUCCCCGGGGCCCCGAGCGAACGCAGCGCAGGCGAGCACACCUGCAGCUCCGCAGCUUGGAACCUGGCAGGACUUCACACCCAACAACAGGUUUACCCUGGCGAACGGCAAUGUGCAGGAGGUCAGAAGGGACUCGCUGGCGAACAGCGUACACCAGUCGGCGCUGAACAGCCCCCGCAACUUUGGGGCGCCACGACAAGCUGAUCC